UACAAACGUGAUGUCUUAGGAAAUAGUGGGUGUUUUAUACUCUAGUAUAUCAAUCUAUAACGAUUCCAUUAACGAUGACGCAUGAUCUUUAUUGUUGGUUAAUUCUAAUAUAUGUUCAUGUAUAAAAGAAAUGACGAGAGUCUACGUGCUUCAGCURAUUAAGUGCAUCAAGUGUGACCGUUUUAAGUUAUUCAAGUCACAGCAACAGAGCGAAACCAUAGAGCAAGUGCAAGAUACUGAGCAAAUUAGCAAUACCAAGCUAAGACUGCCGUUUUCUCUAAAAAGAUAUCAAGCCGUACGCAUCCAUUUCCCUCAGAAUGACAUCCACAACUGGUCUGGCAUUUUCUGGUGGAGGCACYCGAUCAGCAGCCUUGUGUUCUGGUGUUCUAAGAAGAUUACUACAAAAGAGAGUCGCCAUCGACUAUUUGAGUAGCGUGUCUGGUGGUGGGUGCACAGCUGCUUCCUACAUGGACUGGAAAUAUCACAAUUUGAAGAAGGAUGAUCCAGCUUGGCACAAACAGUACUUCGAGAAUUUACGAAAGUAUGCUAACCCUCUAUGUGAUUGCUUUAGCCCUGUCCAAGCGUGCCUGGAUGGUGUUGUCCUAUUGCUGUUGGUGCUCUUCUUCACAGUUGGAAUUUCACUGCUAAGGGCAUUCUCGUUUAUAAUACCAAUAACCUUUAUCGUGGAUUUCCUAUUUGGGAAAGUUCUUCGCGAUCAGUUCACUUGUCAUGGUGAAAAUGCUAAUAAAACUAUUGAAGGAAUUCCAAAGGAGAAACUGARCACARUGUGUAUUCCAAAAGUUGGCCCCAACAUGGGAGUAAUGUUUCAAUUAACRUUCUCAUGGCUCGCAGCGUUUGUUCUUUCAUUCUARCUUAGCACUGUAGUAAGACGUCGUACUCCUAAAUACAUAUUGAAGUUUCUCUAUCAGUUGACGGGACUUGGCUUUGCAAUGGUAUUUCUGCCUUGGUUUUUGGAAUUAUAUCGCAGCUUUACCCCGGGUUGGGCAAGGUAUUUCUUACUGGGAUCGGUGUUUAUAGUAGCACUGUUCUUUCCAGCAUUAAGAGACAGAGCUUUCUUUGUCCUGUUUAUUUUGAUAUUCGCGUACUGUGUCAAGUGGGUAGUGUUUMYGACACCAAUCGCUGGUGUUCCAUAUUCCGAUAAGCUAUACUGGAAGUUGAUUUGGGCUUCGGCGGCUGUUUUGUUGAUUCAUCCUUACUUGGGUGUCAUUCAGAUGUAUGGUCUUCAUUUCUAUUUGGAGUGGAGACUUAGCAGGGCUUACUUUUCUCCCGAGAGGAAGCUUUGUGAUGUUACUGGCCUUCGGGAAAAGAGAACCAAACCUCUAAUGUUCGGCGAUCUAACUGACAUUCAACCAGAAUACAAAUGUAAUCUGACAGUCAAUAACUGGCGCAAAACAAGCUCAGAAUUCGAGAAGAGCUAUGAGGCCCUUGUUCUCUCCCCAACAGUCAUCGAGCGCAUUGAUCGAGGCAAAAACGAAGUUGAGUUUGACUCAAAAGAUUUCGUUAAACCACAAYACAUCCGAUUGUCGAAUGCAAUGACAACAUCUGUUGCUGUUUUAUCAUACGACGUGGGUAAAAUGGAAAACUCUGAUAAGUCAUACCGUGAAAUAAGAGUCGCGAUGGGACUAGGGAUAGGAAACAUUAUGGUGGCACAGAAAGGACUCAAGAGAGGUUUAAAGUCAUGGGCAGUGACGCUGCUUCUCCAAGUGAUUUUCGGAUCUGUCAUCACUCUUAUUCCUGCGGGACUUUACUUUGAAAUACUUGUCGACUGGUACUUUUGGCAGGAGAUCAUAAUGGCACUCCUCUGUACUUCAUUCAUAGUAUUAGGAUUCAUUGCUGUGAUGCCAACAGAUCUCGGAAAAGACAACAAAGGGAUUUUUGGUACAUUUAUAAGGUGGUGCAUCAUUCAUAUUCUCCACAUAAGACUUAUACGAACCUUUUUAGGUAUCGAAGACGUGGGAUCGACACCUCCUCCAAUUGUUUCCUUGACAGAUGGUGGUCAUACCGAGAAUUUGGGUUUACUUCCUUUGUUCAAGCUCCGUUUGAAACGCAUUGUAGUCGUUAAUGGUGGCACACCGAGUAAAGGUGGCAAUUAUGCCACCGACCUUCUGGAAGCCUUACGGCAAGCCCGAGAAAAACUACGAUGCUCUUUUAUAGCAAUCAGUGGUCGGGACAUUGUUGAGGAUAUUCGUGAUCACUUCGUAGAAACAGAAAAGGGAAAAAAGCCAAGAAGUUAUCGAUUUAAAGUGCAGUAUUAUGAAAAAGACGAUUUUGAACCUAAGCUUGUUGGUGAAGGAGAGGUUUUGAUGUUAAUGCCAAGACACCCAGACGAUGGAAUGAAACAAUUCCAAGAUUACAAAUGGAGCGAUUUUGAUGGUGACYUCAAACUAGACUUGGACGAGUCKCUUUGGGGUCCAGGACCAGCAUUGAAGACCCCUGAAGUUGAUCGUCUAUCAGGUUGCUGCUGUGAAUGCUGUCACUCGAAGCCAUUCAAUUACAUUCUGAAUUCUUUGAUGACUGGAUUUCCUUUCCAUUCAACCGUCAACCAAAUGCUUACAUCCAGUCAGUAUACUGCCUACCACAGAGAAGGCUACCACGCAUGCGUAGAAGCUGAAGCAGACAAAUUUCUUGGAAAAUAUCAAAGUGAUGAGGUCAUUACCACCCAACCACAAGGCUUCCAUGACUUCAACAUAUCACAAGGCACACUAACAUCCACAGUUAUAAAUACUGGAAUAAAUUUUCUUCUCCUAAAACGAGAUUUCUUCUACAAAAUGUUUAUUCUUACAACAACGUGA